AUGCUCAUUCCGCUGGUCAACAUUGGCAUGGCUAUGUUGCCUCUGCUCCGAUCGGCCGACGAUCUUUCCGACAUUCCCCUAACGCCAGCUCAGCGCCAACUUCUUGGACUGCCGCCCAGUUCUGCAGCAGCCACGCCCGAUGCUGUUUACAGCACCCCGCCACGUUACUCGCGAACACCUUCGCUGGCAGGUUCACCUGCAAGCAACCGAAGCUUCUCUGGCUCCCCCCUUUCCGGCAGAGGCAGCCCGGCUCUUGGGAGCUCCUUUAAUGGAAACGGACAAUCCUACUCUCCUUCGCCCCUUCACAACAGCCCUUCCAAGUUCUCGGCCAGCUUGAACAGCAACCGGAGAUCAUCCUUCGGCUCUUCUACGAACCUGGGAGCGAGCACUGCAUCUUCCCUCUUCCCUGAUCCGGGAACGCCAAGCCCCUCUGCCGGAAAGCGCACCAGCGUGGGACUGAACAACAAGUGGCUUUACGAGAGAGGGAGGAGAUCGUCAGGCGGUACCUGGAUGCACUAG